AUGGUUGAAGAAUUGAAAGUGUUGAAUGAGAAAUUACCUGUAAUAAAGGCGGUGGGUUCAGACUGUUGGAGACCACCACAAGAGCCGUCGGUUAAACUGAACUUUGAUGCAGCCUACAAAACCCAAACAAACAAAUCAUGUUCAGGUUUUAUUAUUAGAGAUGGAAGAGGAAAGGUAAUGGGAAGUGGAGUUACUCAUCAUGACCAUAUCUCAGACGCGUUCAUGGCAGAAGGUGUUGCUUGUUAUCAAGGGCUUCUUUUUGCUAAAGAGACGGGAUUUACCACAGUGGAGGUUGAAGGAGAUUCCAGAACGGUAAUUGAGAAAAUUAACCAGGAAGGGUUUGGUCGAGCAGACUUGGAUUCUGUCAUCUUGGAUAUCAAAUCGAUGGGGAGUUUCUUUCACCAACUUAGGUUCAAACAUGUAAGAAGGGAAGCGAAUCGGGUGGCACAUUUUAUUGCAAGGGAGGGGAGUUGCAGAUCGGAAAAUACCUUUUGGAUGGAGGAUUUCCCGUCGGCAGUAAGAGACUUGGUGGUUGCAGAAUAG